AUGACGUUGUAUAUCCUGCACUUUGCGUUGCUGUUGACGGCUGUGGGCGCAAAUGCUGGGGCCUUGAGCGCUCGGGAUCAAGCCCAAGCUCCCCUGGUUACAACUGUAGAUGAUGUAGGCGAGGUGCAAGAAGAAGGGCAUAGUGGCCUACAUGGCCGUUUCUUGCAUAUAACAGAUAUCCACACAGAUCUAUUUUACGAAGCCCACUCGAAGAUAAAAAACGACUGCCACCGUGGGCAUGGUGAAGCUGGUUACUUUGGCUCACCUGGAACAAGUUGUGACACUCCAAGAACUCUCCUCGAUACGACCUUUGACUGGAUCCACGAUAAUCUGCGGGACAAGGUCGACUUCGUCAUCUGGACCGGUGAUGCAGCUCGCCAUGACAAGGACAGACGCCGUCCGCGUACUGAGAAAGAGAUUGUGAACACGAAUCAACUUGUCUUUGACAAAUUCGUAAAAACGUUUCACAAACCGAAGGAUGAGCUAGGGAACAACCUCAAGAUCCCCAUUGUCCCGACGUUUGGAAACAAUGACAUUAUGCCUCACAACAUCAUGGAUAAAGGACCAAAUGAAUGGACGAGAGUGUUUGGUGAGAUGUGGAGCUCCGUCAUCCCAGAGGAACAGAGACAUUCGUUCGCUAUCGGAGGGUGGUUUUAUGUCGAAGUCAUUCCCGAGAAACUGGCCGCUAUCAGUUUGAAUACCAUGUACUUCUACAAAGCCAACAGCGCCGUGGAUGGGUGCAAUUCAAAGUAUGAACCAGGGUUUGAGCAUAUGGAAUGGCUUAGGACGCAUCUGCAGCUCCUUCGUGAUAGAGGGAUGAAGGCAAUCCUCAUCGGACACGUUCCUCCCGCCCAGAACAAGAAGAAGAAGAACUGGUCCGGCUCGUGCUGGCAGAAAUACGCUCUCUGGAUGAAACAGUACCGAGAUGUGGUGGUGGGAAGUUUCUACGGACACAUGAACAUCGAUCAUUUCAUUUUGCAGGAUUUCGACGAUAUCAAGUAUAUAACCGAUGGCGCACCGGAAUAUGACUUCAAACAUGAACAGCCGCCAAAAGAUGUUUCGUCAAUGGUGUCAAUGGGCUAUUUGCGUAGGUUAAAGAAGCAGUGGUCUAAGCUUCCACAGCCGCCUUGGGCGGAGGACGAUGACUGGGAAGCAGGAACUGAAAAGAAGGAGCAUGUCACCGGAUACAAAAAGAAACUAAGGAGAUAUUACGACGAAAUAGAUGGUCCGUGGGCAGAGCGUUUCUCCGUGUCGAUUGUUUCACCUAGCGUGAUACCAAACUAUUUCCCUUCUCUACGCGUGGUGGAAUACAACAUCUCUGGCCUAGAAGACUCCAAGAAGUGGCCACAGCCACCCUCUCUACGUAUUAAUCAACACAAUACCCCUCUUCCAUCCUCCGAAUAUGAUGAAGAGUACGAGGAUGAUGUCAAUAACGACUUAAUUGACAUAUCCAAAAAACGCAAGCACAAAAAGAACAAGAAGAAGUACCCUAAAUUCAUAGUUCCCGACCCACCAUCCCGAACAGCGCCACCAGGGCCCGCGUAUUCCAACCAACCACUCACAUUGCUCGGAUAUCAACAGUACUUCGCGAACCUGACGGAACUCAAUGAGUCUCAUGCUAAACAUGUCUCGAGGCUAAAGAGUGUCAAUGCUGACAAAAUAAGAGCCCCCAGUGACUUUUAUGAACUGGAAUACGAUACGCGAACAGAUCCGUAUUACAAGCUACCCGAUAUGACGGUAACUAGCUACCUAGAACUUGCUAGACGGAUAGCCAACGAAGAGCGGGUGCCUGUUCAAGACAACCAGCACUCUCUUGACGACGCGAACCCAUCGAUCUACAGGCGAACAAUAUCUCUUUGGACCCUUUUCCGCCGAAGGGCGUUUGUGGGAUUCUUCGGCGAAGACAGGCUUUGA